UUGACCGCAGUAAACAUGGAAGUGUGAAAGAGAUUCAGACGAGUUGGAGAGUAAAAAUAACGCGUUCAUCUUCAUAACGUGUUGCGAUUGAACACGGGAUCAUUUGUAAUAUUUCUGAUGAACAUUACUGAAGGAAAGUAUCUGCUGUGGAUGAGAAUCCGGAGUGUUAAAACUGGAUUAUUAAACUGAAAGUGAAACUGUAAAGGACAGAUCUGUGAAAUGGCGUCUAAACUUUCUGAGGAGGAUUUCUCUUGUCCUGUGUGCUGUGAAAUUUUUACAAAUCCUGUUGUCCUGUCCUGUGGUCACAGUGUGUGUGAAGAGUGUAUUCAGAAGUUUUGGGAAAGUAAAGAAUCUAAAGAAUCUAAAGAAUGUCCAGUUUGCAGAAGAAGAUCGUCAAAGGAUUUUCUUCUACCAAAUUUCACUUUGAAGAGGUUGUGUGAGAGUUUCAGGAGAGACAAAACUCACAAAGCUGUGAUCGAUAAUAAGAUGUCUACAUCAGAAGAUUACUCUGUUAUAACUCAGGAGGAGCUGGAAGAACUUAAAGAACUGAUAUCUACUCAGGAUCUGUCAUCAGCUGUUGACACCAUCAAACAUCUCCUCGAACAGCAAGAUCGUGUAGAACUUAAUAUUGCUGUGACGGGGGAAUCUGGUUCUGGAAAGUCCACAUUUAUCAAUGCUUUUAGGGGUUUGGGAGAUGACGAUGAGGAUUCAGCUGAAACUGGUGUAGUGGAGACCACUAAAGAACCCAAAGCUUACAAACACCCAAAAUAUAAAAAUAUGAAACUCUGGGAUCUUCCUGGAAUCGGAACACUAAACUUCAAAGCUCAUGAGUAUCUUAAACGUGUUCAGUUUGAGCGCUAUGAUUUUUUCAUCAUCAUCACUUCAGGUCGUUUCAGAGAAUGUCACGCUGACCUGGUCAAAGAGAUCGAGAGAAUGAAGAAGAAUUUCUAUUUUAUUCGUUCCAAGAUUGACUCCAGUAUUGAUGCUGCAAAGCGAAGAAAAAACUUUGAUGAGAAAAAGACGCUGGACAUCAUACGAGAGGACUGUGUUAACGGUCUGAGAGAGAUCGGUGUAGAGGAUCCUGUUGUGUUCUUGAUUUCUGGCAGGUAUCUCAACAACUAUGAUUUUAAUUCACUGCAGGAGAGGAUAAAGUCUGAUCUCCCACAACACAAGAGAGAUCUGCUGAUGCUGACUGUACCAAAUAUCACAACAGAGAUUAUUGAGAGAAAGAAGAAAUAUCUAGAGAAAAACAUUUUAAGAGUAGCUUUUUUAUCUGCUGGUGUGGCUGCAGUUCCUGUUCCUGGUCUUGCAUUUGCUGCAGAUAUAUCUCUGAUAGUAAAUGAGACACAAAAGUACAAGACUGUAUUUGGUCUGGAUGAUGAAUCUCUGCAGAGGAUCAGUGAAAGAUCUGGGAUCAGUAUUGAGUUUCUAAAGAGUGAGAUGAAAUCAGUUGUGCGUGAAGAAAUAACCGCUGGUUCAAUUAUUCUUCAGCUGAGACAAAGCUCUCUUAAAGUGACAGAAAGCACAACUGGGCUUGUUCUUAGUUGCAUACCUAUAAUAGGCUCAGGCAUUUCUUUUGUGUCAGUUUCAAACAUUCUGAAGAAAUUUCUGAAUGAAAUAGCUGAAGAUGCCAAGAAUGUGCUGCUGGCGUCACUCAAGUAAUUAAAUCAGACAGAUUCAGAGUAUAUAGCUGCUCCAGUAGCAUCAUUUCUACCAGCAUUCAAAACUAGUCUAGAGUUCUACAUUAUUUUGUAAAUACAGUUUAUUAUAUUUGUAAUAAUCAUUAUGACUAUGAAUUUAAAAAGGUUUAUAAUAGUAAGAAACAAUAUAACAUCAGUAAGACAACCUCACAAUGCUUGAAUAAAAUGAUAUAGUGUCACGAACCCCUUUCCUCUGCCCCAUCUCAGCUUCCUCACACACGCACACUAUCUCCCUUCUCGCACACAGGCACUCCGCGAGCGUGCUCGCUUCCCGCUCCCUCGCUCCGCCCCCUUGAGCUCGUACGCUCUUUUUCCUCCAUCGGGCUUCCACGCCCGGUUUUGCUUUUACGAGCUCUCGUUCGUAAACGAUCUCCCCCCUCUGGCGCAUCUCGGCUCUUCAGCCUGAACAUUAUGACCACCUACACUCACGCGCAUCCUAUCCCCACACAUUAGAUUCACCUGCACUCGUCUCGUCACCUUCAUUGUUCACACCUGCACCUUCCCCUAUAAAUACCCAGCACUUCCGUUUCACGGGUGUUGGUUAUUGUAUGUAUUUAGAUUCCCGUGUUUGUGCCCCCGCUAGUCUCGUCUAGUUUUGCCCCUGCUAGUCUCGUCUAGUUUUGACCUCCCCACUGUUUGAUUACCUGUUUAGCUUGCCAACUCUCUCGUUCCCCUAUCUUUGUUCCCGCUAGUCUCGUCUUGUCCUUCGCCCUUGUUUAUAUCGUUGUUUCCCCCUUCGACCCCCGCUAUCUCGACUACUCUCCUGGAUUUGCCCCCUUUACUCUCCUUGAUUCCCCGGCUUUCGACUCUACGCUUUCCCUGACCAUUCUUCACUGGAAUUGCCGUUUUUGUACUGUUGCCUGCUUUUAUUUUAUUAAAGCAGUUUUUCCUCCGACAUUGUGACUGUCUCGUCUUGUGUGUGUGUGUGCGGGUUACAGAAUAACCAACCUCACCGAAGACAGUCACAAUGCGUCGCACUGAGGAUUCGCGCGGCUCACUAGAGCGGAGGAACACGUCACAUUCAGCGCGAGGAGCUACGGUGUGGAAGCAUGAACGCGAGCUCACAGCCCAGGGCCAGCAGGUAUGUGCGAUUUUUGAUUUUUGUCACCCUGCGUCACCUGUGUCUGCCCCUGAGCCCG